AUGAGUCGUGGAGCCGACGCAAAGCAACUCGCUGGCCAGUCCGAGGUCAUUCGGCUCCUUGAGGCCGAUACUGUGCCAUGGUACAAGAAGCCCAAUCUCCGGUUCCUCUACUUCUGCCUUGUUCCAGCAGCGCUCGGCGUCGAGAUGACGACUGGCUACGACGGCUCCGUGCUCAACGGAUUGCAGGCAGUUCCCUCGUGGCAGACGUAUUUUGGAUCUCCAGACGGCGCUCUGCUGGGGGUGCUCAACGCAUCGUAUAAUCUCGGGGGUCUCAUCACUUUGCCGAUCGUGCCGUACGUCAACGACAGGUUUGGCCGCAAGCAUAGUAUCACGUUUGGCUCUAUCAUCCUCGUCAUAGGUGUCAUCCUGCAGUCUGCAUCCCAAAAUAUUGGCAUGUUUCUUGCCUCGCGACUCAUUCUCGGCACCGGCAUCCCUUUCGCUGUCUCAGGGGCCUCGCAACUUCUGGCUGAGCUUACCUAUCCUCGCGAGCGUGCCGUCAUUACCGGUCUUUUCAACACCUCGUGGUUCAUCGGUGCCAUUAUGGCAGCUGGGGUAACCUUGGGUACGCAUACAAUGCCCAACGACUGGGGCUGGCGUAUCCCGUCGAUUCUACAAGCUUCUCCUUCGGUCCUCCAGCUUAUCUUCAUCUGGUUCAUUCCUGAGUCCCCUCGAUGGCUCUUGUCCAAGGACCGCGGUGAGGAGGCCUUUGAGGUUCUUGUCAAAUACCAUGCGGAAGGAGACCGAAAUUCUGAAUUUGUCAAUGCCGAGUUCCGCGAAAUAUCUACACAGCUCAAGAUGGAAAUUGAAAACUCGAAGUCGCGCUGGAUCGAGCUGCUCCUGACCCCGGGGAACAGGAAACGAACUCUUAUCGCUACAUGUGUUGGUGUCUUUACCCAGUGGUCUGGAAACGGCCUUGUGUCCUACUAUCUCGCUAAGGUAUUGACAACAGUUGGUGUCACUGACAAGAAAACUCAGAACAUCAUCAACCUUUCUUUAUCGUGCUGGUUCUGGCUUUGCGCCACUGGAAGUGCCUUCAUGACCUCCUUCUUAGCCCGUCGCACCCAGUACUUGACUUCUUUUGUCGGCAUGUUUAUCUGCUUCUCAGUCUGGACUGGUGUCAGUGCCGGAUAUGCCCAGCACGCGUCGCACGCUUCGGGCACAGCUGUUGUCGCCAUGAUAUUCCUCUACAACGCAAUGUAUAGUAUCAUGCAGCCGUUGACCUACACCUACGUUACCGAGGUUUUCCCCUUCGUCCACCGCGCCAAAGGUCUCGCUAUUCUGCAAUUUUUUACUCGGGGCAGCACGGCGUUUAAUUCCUUCGUGAACCCGAUUGGUAUAGAUGAUCUUGGCUGGAAGUUCUACCUAGUCUAUGUUGCUUGGCUGGUUGUUGAGACUACUAUUAUCUUCUUCUUGUACCCCGAGACUAAGGGGCCGACACUCGAAGAGAUUGCACACAUCUUCGAUGGCCCUAACGCAGUCAUCGGAAAGACAGGCUUGGAUGAAGAAGAGGAUGUUAGCCACAUUGAACCAGUUGCACAGGCCAAGCCUAGGUAA